UCCCUCCUCUCCCCUCGUCGGAACCGGGUACCGUAUACCAUCAGCAUAUACCAUCACCACAACCUAAUUUAAGUAAUCAAUCACCUCUUCUCAAAAAAAAAGCAAUCCAUCACCGAUGUCGGAGGAGCACCGCCACCACCACCACUUCCACCACCACAAGGAGGAGGAAAAGCCCGUGGAGACGGUGGAGUACUCGGAGACGGCCUACACCACCGGCAGUGGCGGCUACGGUGGCGAUGGCGGAUACAACGCCGGCUACGGCGGCGAUGGCGGAUACAAAGCUGGCUACGGCGGCGAUGGCGGAUACACCACUGGGUACGCCGAGAAAACGGAGAUGGUCUCGGGGUCCAACGAAGAGGAUUACGAGAAGUAUGAGAAGGAGGAGAAGCACCACAAGCACAAGGAGCAUCUCGGCGAGAUGGGCGCGCUAGCCGCCGGUGCCUUCGCUCUGUAUGAGAAGCAUGAGGCCAAGAAGGAUCCGGAGCAUGCACACAAGCAUAAGAUAGAGGAAGAGAUUGCUGCGGCAGCCGCGGUGGGCAGCGGAGGGUAUGCGUUUCAUGAGCACCAUGAGAAGAAGGAAGCUAAGGAGGAAGCUGAGGAAUCUCAUGGAAAGAAGCAUCAUCACCUCUUCUAAAGUGGAUGGAAGAACUUUUGUUUUUCCCUGUAUCUUUAUAUGCUCCUUUCUGUUUCUAUGGUAUGUAAGCUGGCAUGGGAUUGAAAAUAUGGUGUUUAGCGUGAUGUAUUUUGGUCUGACAGUCUGACACCUAAAUAAGUGCCGGUUUGUUCUGGCCUUAUGAUGUAGGGUAUAUAUUUUGGUGGUGUGAACCUGCUCUGUUUAUAUUUGCGUGCAUUUUUAUUCUUGAA